AUGAUCCUUAGGAAAAAGACACCCAAGUCUCCCCAUCUGUACCCGGAAGGUUUUGCCUGUCUCUUCCUCUGCCUUCACGUCGGUGCUUCGUGCCCUCAACUGUGCCAGUGUACAGACCACACUGGGGUUAUGGUGGUCUACUGCAGUUCGAGAAAUCUCAGAGAAAUCCCAAAGGACAUUCCAAAAGAUACAGUGUUCUUGAAGUUAGAUGCCAACAAAAUCUCCCAGAUCCCCAGAAAUGCUUUCAAGAACCUGACCCAUUUGCAAGAGCUGGAUUUAUCGAAAAACACCAUUGAGACGAUUGACAUCGCGGCCUUCAAGGGAGUGGCGGGGGGACUGAGGCUGCUCGACCUCUCCAACAAUCACAUCCGGAGCCUUCCCAAGGAAGCCCUCGUCAAGCUCAAGGCCAAAAUCCGCCUCUCUCACAACCCCUGGCACUGUGAGUGUACUUUACAAGAGGUCUUGUGGGAACUGAAGCUCGACCCCGAGUCCGUCAACGAGAUCACCUGCCAGACCUCUGUGCAGGAGGAGUAUAUUGGCAAAUCCCUAAUUCGGGUUCUGGAUUCGGGAACCAACUUCUGCAACAUCCACCACAAGACCACGGACGUCGCCAUGUUCAUCACCAUGUUUGGCUGGUUCGCUAUGGUGAUUACAUACGUCGUGUACUACGUUCGGCAAAAUCAAGAAGAUGCAAAGAGGCACUUGGAAUACCUCAAGUCCCUGCCCAGCACCCAGGAUGCUAAGGAUUCAGAUGCUAUCAACACUGAACUCUAAUAGCGAAGUCAAACGUAACUGUGCCGUUACAUUGGUGA